ACAAAGGUGAAGCUGAAAGAGGAACUUGACUGUCAUUCUCGAGUCCCAUAACAGACGUAAUAAAUAAAUGCACUAUUAAGAAAGAACCCCCCACCCUUCAGAAUCCUGAGGCUGCGUGGCUUACACGCUCCAUCAAGUUACCUUUGUCAUGUCCUAUAAGUGCGCGUGGUAGUCUCACCAAGCACAUAAUCUACUUUUUCUCAUCAUCUGCUCUGAGGGACUUGGGAUACAUAGACAGAAGUAUCGGAAUAGGAAAGUCACCAAACCAACCAAAAACCCAGAGAAAAGAAAGCAAUCAAAGUCAAUAUUCCAAAGAAAAACCAUAGGAAGGGUUUGGUUUUCUUUCUUUCUUUCUUGUCAAAAAAAAUUCAACCUUUACUACAGCAGGAGUGAAAAAAGGUCAAGCUGUUUCUUUCAAUGGGAGAUAACAUGGAGGAAGAGCAAGAAAGACCAUCAACACCCCCAAAUCAAUCACAAGCAUCGGCUUCUUACAUGUUGUUUUUAGGAAUUAUGAGCAGAAGGAGGACUUGGGUAUGCAUCUUUGUGCUGGUUUAUGCAAUAAUUUUAACUAGCUCAUGGAAUUUCCUUAAAUCUAUACUUUCUUGGUACAACUUACAUUCUCAGCCAUCUUCUUCUUCUUCUUCCUCAUCUUCUUAUGGGUGGGCUGCCCUUUAUGCAUCUGUGCUUCUUGGAGCUGUGUUUGGGAUUGUUUCCAUGGUUGCUGCUCUGGCAGUGGUGGUGCCAGCCACCAUGGUCACAUGGAUCGCCAUUGUUGUUCUGCUUGCCUUCUUUGGAAAACCCAGGAGGGCUUUGGUGGUGGAAGGUAGGAAGAUCACCAGAGAGAUUGUGGGGUUUGUGAUCAGGAUUUUGUUGAAGGAAGGCAGCCUUGUGGCUGCUGUUUGUGCUGUUUUGGGUUAUUCUGCCCUUGUUGGGAGGAAUUCUGAGGCUGAUUAACUCCUGUGAAAUUUUGGAAAAAAUCUCUGUUUGGUAUUACUAGGGUUAGGGAGCUGGAAGGAAUUGAGUUGAAGCUCACAAGUGUUGUUUUUAUGUGGACGAUGAACAUUUUCUUGUAAGGGGCAUCUCUGAAAAACAGGACUUAUGCUGAUCACAAGACUUUCUUGUGCUUUGCACUUAUUUAAUUCUAUAGAGCAGUCUUCUUUUCAAAAAUUGGAUCUUUUUCACUUCUUCCUUUGGAGAAGUAGUGAAUAUAGAUAGUUAUGCGGUGGUUCUUAUAUGAGCCAGUUUUUGUUUUUGUAAAGAGUAGACAAGGAAGAAGAUUCUUAAACAGGUAACUUUGUUGCAGAAUUUCACAAUAUAACAA